AUGCCUCUUGACUUGUACUACCAUCCAAUCAGUCCCCCAUCAAAGGCGGUUUUGGCUACAGCCAAAUAUUUGAACAUCAGCAUUAAUGUAAAAGAAGUCGACCUGUUUGGUGGUGAAACACGAACAUCAGAAUACCUGAAGUUAAAUCCAAGUCACACAGUGCCUACUCUGGUCGAUAAUGGUUUUGCGAUGUUUGAAAGUCGAGCCAUUCUUCAGUACCUCGCUAACAAAUAUGCUCCUGAUAACACUAUUUAUCCUAAGAAUCCGGAAGCUCGAGCUCAAGUAGAUAAAAUUCUUUUUUUCGAUGCGUCAAGUUAUUAUGCAUCGCUUUCUAAAGCAUUCAUUCCCAUUCUAAUUUUUAAAAAAGAAGCAUCAAAAGAGGCUUUGGAUGAAUUGGCAGAAAAAAUAUCCAUUCUUGAAUCGCUUCUCGGUGAACAAAAAUUCUUUGCAGGUGAAAACAUCACUUUGGCGGACAUUUCUCUAGGAGCAAGUGUUCCCGUAAUGAAGAUGUUUUUCAAAGACAUGUGGCCAAAGAAGCUAGAAUCUUGGUACAUUCGGCUGAGUGAAUCUGUUCCCCAGUUACCAGAACUUAAAUAA